AUGGCUGUGCGUCGUUUCGUGGCGCGACGAGGUUCACCAAUUGAGUUUUAUAGUGACAACGGGAGCAAUUUCGUAGGCGCGAGCAACGAGUUGAAGGGUGAGCUUAGAUCCAUCAAUGGCGAGCCUGCGGAAACAUUCACCAAUGCAAAUACUAAAUGGCUAUUUAAUCCCCCAUCAUCCCCACACAUGGGCGGAGCGUGGGAAAGGCUUGUACGGUCGGUGAAGACUGCCUUUUUCUCGAUGAGUACUGCCAGAUGCCCGGACGAAGAAACAUUCGUCACGAUAUUAGUGGAAGCAGAAGGAAUCAUAAAUUCAAGGCCUUUAACGUUCAUCCCCCUAAAAGUCGGUACUCAGGAAGCGUUAACACCCAACCAUUUUCUCUUGGCGAGUUCAAGUGGUGUCGUACAACCUGCAAAAACUUUGAUUGAACCGAAAUCCGUUUGUAGGAGUGAUUGGAAUCUCUGUCGUCAAUUGAUUGAUCUCUUUUGGCGUAGAUGGGUAAAAGAAUACCUACCUAUGAUUACUAGGCGUACAAAGUGGUUCAAGGACACAAAACCACUGAAGUCAGGUGAUCUAGUGGUAAUCGUUGAGGAGCCAGUUCGUAACGGUUGGAUUAGGGGUCGUGUGCUAGAAACUCGCCUUGGGCGGGACGGACGUGUACGACGUGCCGUAGUACAGACAUCGUCGGGUACGGUACUAAGACCGGCCUCGAAGCUAUCUCUUUUGGAUGUACAUGAAGGUAAAACUGGAUCACAUACCGAAGACCAGUGUUACGGGUCGGAGGAUGUUACGGCAUCUUCUACCGGUCCUAGCGAGCCCCCUCGAACGAGGUAG